AUGACCGCUGGAAAAGAAACAAUGGGGGAGCAGCCAAUCUUCACGUGCAAGGCGCAUGUGUUCCACAUAGACCCAAAGACCAAGCGCUCUUGGAUGUCGGCAAGCUCAGCAGCUGUUUCGGUUUCAUUCUUCUAUGAUUCCUCUAGGAACUUGUAUAGGAUUAUCAGUGUAGAAGGAACAAAGGCAGUGAUCAACAGUACUAUUACAGCGAACAUGACAUUCACCAAGACAUCACAGAAAUUCGGUCAAUGGAGUGACGUUCGCGCGAAUACUGUUUAUGGCUUAGGGUUUUCGUCUGAAGCGGAGUUGGGAAAGUUUAUUGAGAAAUUCCAAGAAGUGAAAGAAGCGAUUCAAGCGCAACAAUGCGGUGGUCAGCCUAAAACUACAAAUGGAUCAGGUGCAGCGACACCCGUAGCCUCGGCGACUGCCAGUCCUUUACUUGCCGCUAGAGCCCCUACUGACGAACCGCCCGCUGUACCGCCGGCUCAGCCAAAACCAGAAAAUGAUGAAAUGAUGGUACACCAGCGAGCGCAUUCUGUUUCGUCUUCCAUUCAGGCUGGCGGUGGAUACGCGACGGUGGGACGUGCGGGUCGAGGUCCGUUGGCCUCUUCGGGCGCCGCCGCGGAGCCUACGCCCCCUGACACUGCGGAUCAGCUUCGCUAUGAGAACGAUAAGCUCCGACUUGCGCUUGCGCAGAGGUACGUCACAGUACGAAUAUAA